GUUAGAUAUUUUGGCUGGAAACCAACUACUACUGUAGGUGCUAUAGGUGCAAGAAUUUAAAUAAGUCCUAUAUUACUACAAAUAGUAGUAAAAACUACCAUGGAAGUCGUUUUUACAAUCAAUGGAAAACUUUUCAAAGUCAAACCUGGCGAUGUCCCCGUGGAUGCCUCUUUAGGGACAUUUAUUCGGAAAAAUGCUCAACUCAGUGGAACCAAAAUGGUAUGCAGGGAAGGUGGCUGUGGAGCCUGUAUUGUAAAUAUAAACGAAGUGCAACCGACAACGAAAGCGCGAAAAAGUUGGGCUGUGAACUCGUGUCUAUUUCCAGUGCUCUCUUGUCAUGGUUUGAACAUUGUUACUGUCGAAGGAAUCGGCAACAAGACUAAGGGAUUUCACGCAGUGCAGCGACGCCUAGCUCACUUUAACGGAACACAAUGUGGUUUCUGCUCAGCCGGAAUGGUUAUGAACAUGUACGGCUUGCUGGAGUCCAAUGGAGGCCUUGUGACAAUGGAACAGGUGGAAAACUCCUUCGGAAGUAAUUUAUGUCGCUGCACCGGUUAUCGGCCUAUUCUGGAUGCUUUUAAAUCGUUGGCAGUUGAUGCGGAUGAUAAGUUGCUACUGGCAUGCCAGGAUAUCGAAGAGCUACCAAGAAUUUGCCACAAUACAGGAAAACCUUGUGAGGGGUCGUGUCGUGUAGACGAUAAGAAAGAUAUUCACAUGAUAUUUGAGGACAGUCGUGAGUGGCAUAAAAUGUACACUCUUAAGGAUACAUUGGCUAUACUGAAAGAUAUAAGGGAAAGACAGUAUAUGCUCGUUGCAGGGAAUACUGCACAUGGUGUCUACCGCCGAGAGAAUUGCAUCGAAGUAUUUAUCGAUAUCAGCUCAGUAAGCGAGCUGAAGUCACACUCAAUCACUAACACUGCACUAAUUAUCGGCUCAGGAGUAUCGUUGACCGAAUUGAUAGAAAUACUCAAUGAAGCAGCAACACAACAGUCUGAUUUCAGUUACUGUGCGGAUUUGUCCCGACAUGUUGAAUUAAUCGCUAAUAUUCCAGUAAGGAAUUCUGGAACCAUAGCAGGAAAUUUGUGCCUUAAAAACAAACAUAACGAUUUCCCUUCGGACUUGUAUCUUAUCCUGGAGGCUGUCGGAGCGAAAAUGCAAAUAGUUGAGAUUAAUGGCACGGUAACUACAGCGCCUUUAAACGCAAUUUGUAACAUGGAAAUGAAUAAGAAAAUACUUCUUAACAUCAUUUUGUCUCCCUUGGAUUCAAAUAAAUUCGAGUUUAGAUCGUUUAAAAUUAUGUCCCGAGCUCAGAGUGUGCACGCUUAUGUCAACGCAGCUUUUCUUCUAGAAAUUAACAGCAGAGACUUGACAGUGAAAUCUGCUUCCAUCUGCUUCGGAGGCAUCCACAGAAAUUUUACUCAUGCUACCAAAACGGAAAAAUUCCUUCAAGGCAAAAACCCAUUUUCGAAUGAAAUUCUUCAAACUACGCUCAGCGUUCUAUUCAAGGAAAUUGAGCCGUGCAACAGUCCUUUAGAAGCCACGCCCACUUACCGAAAACACCUCGCCACAUCUCUCCUGUACCGUGCUAUACUGAGUAUUGCGAAAAAAUUUAAAGUCACAACCAAUUACCGUUACGAAACGGGAGCCACCGGUCUAUGCAGACCCCUCUCAUCCUCCAAGCAAGAGUUCCAAACCAUCGAGAAAAAUUGGCCAAUGACAAAAAAUAUUCCAAAAGUCGAAGGUCUCGCCCAAACAGCCGGCGAAGCCAAAUACAUCGAAGACCUACCGAUCAUCCCGAAUGAGCUCUACGGAGCUUUCGUGUUGGCUACUCGUCCAAGAACUCAACUUCGUAGCAUUGAUCCAACGGCCGCCAUGCGUCUUUCAGGUGUUCAAGCCUUCUACUCUGCCGAGGACAUUCCAGGUAGAAAUGACUUUAUGCCUACCGAACUGGACAAUCCCGAAACGGAAGAGAUAUUUUGCAGCGCUAAAGUACUUUACUACGGCCAACCAGUUGGAAUUAUUUUAGCGGAAUCUUUUGACCUAGCCUGUCGUGCUGCAAAACUUGUUCAAGUACACUACAGUGAAGCUGAUGAUAAGCCCAUACUUCCAACUCUGAAGCAUGCGCUAGCCGCAAAUGCGACCGAUCGACUGCAUGAUCAACCCUAUGAUAAGCAAGGUAAACAGUAUGGAAACGGUACUGAACAACCGCACAGGAAAAUUGAAGGACGCUUCGAGCUUCCCGGACAAUUUCAUUUUUCGAUGGAACCCCAAACUUGCAUCUGCAUCCCAACGGAGGAUGGAAUGGAUGUGUACAGUUCAACACAGUGGGUUGAUUUGUGUCAGAUUGCAAUCGCACAGGCCCUCAACAUUCCGGAAAAUAGUCUAAACUUCUACAUUCGUCGCUUGGGAGGCACGUUCGGAGCGAAAAUCUCGCGAGCAUCCCAGAUCGCUUGCGCUUGCGCAAUUGCAGCGUAUUUUAGUCGACGACCAGUACGGUUGGUUAUGUCAUUGGAAUCGAACAUGGAAGCAAUCGGCAAGCGUGCUUCCUGUGUCAGUAGGUAUGAGGUGGAGGUCGAUGAGAACGGUAAAAUUGACAAAUUGUUGAAUAACUACGUAGAAGAUUAUGGAUGCAGCCUUAAUGAACCAAUUGAAAUGGUUACUGCUCAGUUCUACAAAAACUGCUACGACGCGAGCCGUUGGAAGCUGGUGGGCAAAGCCGCAGUGACCGAUUCGGCAAGCAAUACGUGGUGUCGCGGUCCCGGUACAAACGAGGGUAUCACCAUGAUCGAGGACAUUUUGGAGCAUGUCGCGCAUGUUUUGAACAAAGAUCCACUGGAAGUAAGGUUGCAAAAUAUGAAAGAGGAUUGCAAGAUCCGUCCACUACUUCCCGAUUUUCUGCGCGAUGUUGAGUUUGAGAAACGGAAACUCGCAGUCGAACAAUUCAACGAAGCGAAUCGCUGGAAGAAACGUGGAAUCGCCGUGGUUCCCAUGCAGUAUCCGCAGGUAUUUUUCGGACAGAUGCACGCGCUGGUGUCUAUUUAUCAUAUGGAUGGAACUGUAUCCAUCACAACAGGAGGAAUCGAUAUUGGACAAGGAGUGAACACCAAGGUUACCCAAGUGGCAGCGUACGUUUUGGGAAUCCCGAUUACCAAGAUCAGCAUCAAAGGAAUGAGUAACUUGACUUCACCCAAUGCUAGUGUCUCUGGAGGGAGUAUGACUAGUGAGGCAGCCAGCUUCGCCGUGAAAAAAGCGUGUGAUAUAUUAGUAGAGCGAAUGAAAGCAAUUCGUGAACAAUUUCCAACAGAGCCGUGGGAACAAAUAACACAACGCUGCUACAAGAAUAACGUAGAUCUGUGCGCUAUGUACCAGUACAAGCAAGGAGAUAUUAGUAACUACAUAGUUUGGGGUUUAUGCUGCUCCGAAAUAGAAGUUGAUAUAUUAACUGGAAACAUUCAAAUUUGCCGUGUUGACAUUUUGGAGGAUACUGGAGAAAGUAUUAGCCCAGGAAUUGAUAUUGGGCAAAUUGAAGGGGCAUUCGUGAUGGGAAUCGGGUUGUACUUCACAGAAAACCUUAUCUACAGCGGUGAAAAUGGUCAACUGCUAACGAAUCGCACCUGGAACUAUCAUCUGCCAGGAGCAAAAGAUAUUCCUAUUGAUUUCAGGGUCAAACUGAUUCACAAUACGUACAAUGAAAGUUUUGUACUGCGAUCCAAAACAACCGGUGAGCCAGCACUGAACUUAACCAUAGCUCUGUUGUUCGCAUUGAGAAGAGCUUUAAAUUCAGCACGGAAAGAAGCAGGGCUAAACAACGACUGGUAUACGAUGACUACACCAAUGACCCCAGAACAAAUAUGUUUGCUUGCUGGAAGCAAGCUUGAACACUUCAAACUACAGUAAAUUAUUUAAUGUAAUUUUUUUUUUGUUUAUAAUGUGAUGGUGUAGGGAAUUAAUAAAGUUGAUCCUUCGGAUACAGUGA